GUUCCCCUUACGGCACUCGAGACUCUUCAAGCGGUUCAUGCUGAGAGUCAACGCGAUCAGUUUUUGAUGAAACUUCGGCCUGAAUUUGAGCUUGUUCGAGCUAGUUUAUUGAACCGUAAUUUGGUUCCUUCUUUGGAUAUUUGUUUGGGAGAUUUAUUGCGUGAAGAACAUUGGUUAUCCACUCAGAUGGGUAUGACUUCUGAGAAGGUAUCUUCUGAGGUUGUGAAUGUAUCAUAUGCAACACAAGGGAGAGGGAGGAACAAGUUGCAGUGUUUUAGUUGCAAGGAGUUUGGUCAUAUUGCUCACAACUGUCCUAAGAAAUUUUGUAACUACUGUAAGAAAGAAGGCCAUAUCAUCAAAGGCGACAAUGCAGUCUCAAAAUCGCCAAUCUCAAGCUUUUCAGGCUGCUGUUCAGUCCUCUUCUACUUCUUCUUCUGCGCCACCCACUGUAAGCUCUGAUUCGUCUUUUCUCACACCAGCAAUGGUCCAACAGAUGAUUGUGUCUGCCUUAGGCUUGCAAGGUACGACUACUAACUCAACUUCUUGGAUUGUUGAUUUGGGAGCUUCUAAUCAUAUGACCAGUAAUAUGAUGGGUCUCCAUGGUGUUCGCAAGUAUAGAGGCAUGCAAAAUAUUCAGAUUGAUGGUGGCAGUACGCCAGUACUCUUCCAAUUACAGCUGUUGGAUCAGAUGCCGGGGACGGUGAUGGCAAAGGGGCCUAAAGUGGGACAUUUAUUUCCUUUACAAUUUCAUCUCCUAAUGUUGUUUCUAUUGCUUGUACGACUACUGCCAAUAAUAAUGAAGUUUGGCAUAAGGAAUUGGGUCAUCCUAAUUCUUUUGUCUUGGCUCAUCUUAUGAAACAUGGUUUUUUUGGCAAUAAAGAUUCCUUUUCUUCUUC